AUGGCAGGUAACUCGCAAGAUUCAUCAUCUCAGUCUUUAUGGGAAGGCUACAAAGAGUUUUGGUGCGACAGGUUUUCGUUUAUGAACAAUUAUUCCAACUUCGUCAAGCGUGAUAAACCCCUCACCUCCUGGUCUGAUUCUGAUGUUGAGGAAUUCAUCGCUUCGGAUCCUGUUCAUGGACCUGUGCUGAGAACUGCUAGAGAAGCAGUGCAAUAUGGCCUCACAGGAAGUGCUUUGGGAGCAUUAUUCACUGCAGGUUUUGCCUGGAAAUAUUCAAGGAGUUUACAUGGUGCUGGUCUGUCCUUACUAGCUGGAGGUGUAUUUGGAUGGACAUUUGGGCAUGAAAUCGCAAAUCAUUCCCUUCAACUUUACAGGGUGGACACAUUGGCUUCUGAGGCUAAGUUUCUGGAGUGGUGGAAAAGUAAGACUGAAGGAUAUUGA